AUGUUUCUUCAUCUUGCCAUUCUCUCUGGUUUCAGUCUUUUUGCAGAACUGAACCAUUCGUCUGAGAUUGUAUCUGGUGUUUCCAGGAUCCUUGCUGCCUCUGUCUUUGGUCAAGAGCUUUUCUUACUCCAUUAUCACUCAACUGAUCAUAUUGGGGUUGAAGGUCAUUACCAUUGGCUUUUGCAGAUUGUUGUAUCUGUAUCACUUUUGGCAUCACUGGUUGUAACUUGUUCUCCAUCCAGUUUCCCCGCUGCGCUUGUUCUAUCCAUUUCGAUUUCCUUACAAGGAUGCUGGUUCAUUGUUAUGGGAUUCAUGUUAUGGGUCCCUAAGUUUGUUCCACAGGGCUGUGCCACACAGUUAAAUGUUGGCAGUAGCAGCAGCAUGCAUGGAGCAGUCAUCUGCAUGAACCAGGAAGCUGAAUUCAGGGCUAAAGCACUGGCUAACUUACAGCUGAGUUGGGUACUUUCUGCAAUUCUGAUUUGUGUUGCUACCAUAUGUUUGGUAUUUUCCAGAACCCCUGCACCCAGGGGAAAAUCAACUGAUUAUGAAAAGCUUCAAUGUGUGACCGCCGAUGCCUCUUUAGCACUUACAGGCUUAAAGCAGACAUCCCCAUGA